AUGCUCGACCUCCACAGCAAGACACAAAAACUAUCCUUCACCCAGCUGAAGGCCUAUAUUGAAAACCUUACAUCAAUCUUUGAGGAAGGCCAGUUUGAGCGACCAACGAUCGCAAUCUCUUCCCUGAAUAUCGGCGACGUCCAAGUUUUACUCAAGCUCACUCAUUCAUUGGACAACCUUGAGUUCUGUAACAGAACUCCGGUUGAACUGUCCCCCGUCUGCGCUGAAUGGAUGGACAUGACGAGAGACGCGUUUGGCAAAAGUGGACCCAAUGAAGCGUUAACCCGGAUCACUCUCAACAACCUCCUCAUCUUCGCCCAUCAUUUUGUCACCUCGCAACCUAGCACCACUUCCUCAGACAUGAACAUGAACGACUUGAACUUGAAUGCCGAAGGCCUCUGGCGUUAUGGCCCCGUCAUGCAUAAGGACACCAAGCACGACCUUGUUGGGCGCCCUGACUAUAGCCUGUGGUACGGCAAUGAAGAGGAUGUGGCUGUCAGUGUUGUUGUGGUUGAAACGAAGGGAGUUGAAUCUGUGACAAGCGGGGUCUCUCAAACUCUCGGCUACAUGGGUUGCGUUCACAGACGUCGAAAAGACCUCCAGAAGAAAGAUGCAACUGUGUAUGGUGUUGUGUCUGAUGGCCAGUGUUGGUGGUUCUUGAAGAUUAACAAUGACUCGGAGUGGUCAGAGUAUAUCAUUACUGCCCGUCACGGAAAUUAUCAGGAGGUGGUAGGAAUACUUGUGCAUAUGUUCCGAACUGCUGCGACCAUGUCUCCCGCUCAGUCAGAGGGAACAUCACUUCAGACCCACUCAAAGGAGGCGUCUGCUGAAUCAUAUAUGGAGUUUGAUGAGGAGGCGGUGGAAGAUGACGAUGAGGAAGAAUUCUGA